UUGAGAGCCAGAGCAUAGACCGGCUAGAACGCAGGGGUGCGUGCCUUUAGAGCGGUGCACAAAUCCUCAACGACCAGAGGACACGCCCAGUAAAGUCUCUGCCAUUCGAACGAGAUAAACAGUCAAAGCGUUGGAUGCUGUGUUCCUACUGCACCCGUCCGCUCUCCCUCCUCUCCGAAUAAUUUGCCUUUGGCGGACUUACCUCACCCGUCCCCAAGCUUCCUAGCAACACCAUCUCCAUCUAAUUCCAGCACGCCCUCUCCUCAGCGUUGCUAUUCCUUCCUUCGACACAUUAUACCCCUCCUUUCGCCGUGUACUAGACUAGAGAUACCCAUUGAGCUCCGGCGAGCUUUGGCUGUUCUCUCAAAACCCCCAAUACGACUCGACAACCUACCUGCACCUCACGCAUUUCCUGCACCAUGCGUCCCGAGGUCGAGCAGGAGCUUUCGCACACGCUGCUCAUUGAGCUGCUUGCAUAUCAAUUUGCCUCACCCGUGAGGUGGAUUGAGACGCAGGAUGUGGUCCUCGGCGAGAACACUACAGAGCGCAUUGUCGAAAUCGGCCCCGCGGACACACUCGGUGUGAUGGCCAAGCGCACACUGGCCUCCAAAUACGAAGCUCACGAUGCGGCGUUGUCUGUUCAGCGUCAGAUUCUGUGCUAUAACAAGGACGCCAAAGAUAUCUACUACGAUGUAGACCCUGUCGAAGACGAGCCCGAGGCAGCGCCAGCUGCGAGCGGAGGUGCUCCCGCAGCAGCUGGAUCAUCAGCACCCGCAGCAGCAGCAGCGACCGUGGUUGCCGCCCCUGCUCCCGGCGCUGGCCCAGCUGCUCAGGUGCCAGAUGCACCAGUCACAGCGACCGACAUCCUGCGGGCAUUGGUCGCCCAGAAGCUGAAGAAGCCUCUGAUGGACAUCCCUCUGAGUAAAGCCAUCAAGGACUUGGUUGGAGGAAAGUCCACCCUCCAGAACGAGAUCCUUGGAGACCUGGGCAAGGAAUUUGGUUCCACGCCUGAGAAACCCGAAGACACACCCCUCGACGAACUCGGUGCUUCAAUGCAGGCUACCUUCAAUGGUCAGCUUGGAAAGCAGUCCGCUUCCCUCAUCGCCCGUAUGGUGUCUUCGAAGAUGCCUGGUGGCUUCAACAUCACAGCUGUGCGCAAGCAUUUGGAGACAAGGUGGGGUCUGGCACAAGGACGACAGGACGGCGUCUUGCUGUUCGCUAUCACAAACGAGCCGCCUGCGCGUCUCGGUUCUGAGACCGACGGAAAGGCGUUCUUGGACGAGCAGGCCAACAAAUACGCGUCAAUUGCUGGUAUCAGUCUGUCUGCCCCUACUGCCGGCGGUGAUGGCGGCGCUGCUGGUGGAGGCAUGAUGAUGGAUCCUGCGGCCAUUGACGCCCUCACGAAGGACCAGCGCACCCUUUUCAAGCAGCAGCUGGAGCUCUUUGCCAGAUACCUCAAGAUCGACCUGCGCGCUGGCGACAAGUCGUUCGUCGACGCGACAAAGGCACAAUCUGCGCUCCAGGCGCAACUGGACCUUUGGACAACCGAGCAUGGCGAGUUCUAUGCUUCUGGAAUUGAGCCUCAAUUCACUCCUCUGAAGGCGCGCGUCUACGACUCUUCCUGGAACUGGGCGCGCCAGGAUGCGCUUACCAUGUACUACGAUAUCAUCUUUGGCAAGUUAAAGGCCGUUGAUCGCGAGAUCGUCAGCCGCUGCAUUGCUAUCAUGAACCGUUCGAACCCUCUCCUCCUCGACUUCAUGCAGUACCACAUGGAUCACUGCCCGACCGAGCGCGGUGAGACCUACGAGCUUGCAAAGGAGCUUGGCCAGCAACUUAUCGACAAUUGCCGCGACGUUCUCAACGAGCCUCCAGUCUACAAGGACGUCGCUGUGCCCACAGCCCCUCACCUCGAGAUUGAUGCUCGCGGCAACAUGAAUUACGAGGAGGCUCCCCGCGCAAGCGUUCGCAAGCUGGAGCACUACGUUCGCGAGAUGGCUGAGGGAGGCAAGCUCUCCGAGUACGGCAACCGCACAAAGGUCCAGAACGACCUGCAGCGCAUUUACAAGCUCAUCAAGCAGCAGCACAAACUUUCCAAGUCUUCGCAGCUGCAGAUCAAGAGCCUAUACAGCAACGUCAUCCGCUCUCUGUCGAUGAACGAGGGACAGAUCAUCCCCAACGAGAACAGCAAGAAGGCAAAGGGUGGUCGCAAUGGUCGUGCAAAUGGCUCUACCAAGCAGGGCAAGGUUGAGACGAUUCCCUUCCUUCAUCUGAAGAGGAAAGAUGACCACGGCUGGGAGUACAGCAAGAAGCUAACUGGCAUCUAUCUGGACUGUCUUGAGAACGCCGCCAGCAAUGGUGUCACUUUCCAGGGAAAGUAUGCUUUGAUGACAGGUGCUGGUGCCGGAUCCAUUGGUGCUCAGGUCCUGCAGGGUCUGAUUAGCGGUGGUGCCAAAGUUGUCGUUACAACUUCCAGGUUCUCCCGCGAAGUUACCGAGUACUACCAGUCCAUGUACACCCGCUACGGUGCUCGUGGCUCUCAGCUCAUCGUUGUGCCCUUCAACCAAGGCAGCAAUCAGGAUGUCGAGGCUCUUGUUGACUACAUCUAUGAUCCCAAGAAGGGUCUGGGCUGGGACCUUGAUCUCAUCGUUCCGUUCGCUGCUAUCCCUGAGAACGGUCGCGAGAUUGAUAGCAUCGACUCCAAGUCUGAGCUCGCUCACCGAAUCAUGUUGACCAACCUCCUUCGCAUGCUCGGUGCUGUCAAGAAGCAGAAGCAGACCUUCGGCUUCGAGACUCGCCCCGCACAGGUCAUCCUGCCUCUCUCCCCAAAUCACGGUACUUUCGGCAACGACGGUCUAUACUCUGAGUCCAAGAUGUCUCUCGAGACCCUCUUCUCAAGAUGGCACUCAGAGAGCUGGGGCAAUUACCUCACCAUCUGCGGUGCUGUCAUUGGCUGGACCCGUGGUACUGGUCUCAUGGGCGCAAACAACGUCGUUGCGGAGGGUAUUGAGAAGUACGGUGUUCGCACCUUCUCUCAGCAGGAGAUGGCCUUCAACCUGCUUGGUCUCAUGGCACCCGCGAUUGUCAACCUUUGCCAGAUUGAGCCUGUCUGGGCUGACUUGAACGGUGGCUUCCAAUACAUCCCCAACCUGAAGGACCUCAUGACCGAUCUCCGCAAAGAGCUCACCGAGACCAGCGAUGUACGUAGGGCUGUCAUCAAGGAGAAUGCCAUUGAGAACAAGAUCGUCAACGGCGAGGCUAGCGAAGCUCUGUACAAGAAGGCCAAGAUUGAGCCAAGAGCCAACCUGAAGUUCGACUUCCCCAAGCUGCCUGACUGGGAGUCUGAGGUCAAGCCCCUCAACGAGGACCUGAAGGGUAUGGUAGAUCUUGAGAAGGUUGUCGUCGUCACUGGUUUCGCCGAAGUCGGUCCCUGGGGUAACUCCAGGACCCGCUGGGAGAUGGAGGCUUACGGCGAGUUCUCACUUGAGGGCUCCGUCGAGAUGGCUUGGAUCAUGGGUCUCAUCAAGAAUCACAACGGUCCUCUCAAGGGCAAGAGCUACUCUGGCUGGGUGGAUGCGAAGACCAACGAGCCCGUCGAUGACAAGGAUGUCAAGCCCAAGUACGAGAAGUACAUCCUUGAGCACAGUGGCAUCCGCCUCAUCGAGCCGGAGCUCUUCAACGGCUAUGACCCUAAGAAGAAGCAACUCAUGCAGGAGAUCCAGAUCGAGGAGGACCUGGACCCCUUCGAGGCCUCAAAGGAGACUGCUGAGGAGUUCAAACGCCAGCACGGCGAUAAGGUCGAGAUCUUCGCCAUUGAAGACUCUGGCGAAUACACUGUUCGCAUGAAGAAGGGCGCCACCCUCAUCAUUCCUAAGGCUCUUCGCUUUGACCGUCUCGUUGCUGGUCAGAUCCCCACCGGUUGGGAUGCGAAGAAGUACGGUGUUCCCGAGGACAUCAUCUCCCAGGUUGACCCUGUCACCCUGUUCGUCCUUGUAUCCACAGCAGAGUGUCUGCUGUCCAGCGGUAUCACCGACCCUUACGAGUUCUAUAAGUAUGUCCACUUGUCGGAGGUCGGUAACUGCGUCGGUUCCGGCAUCGGAGGUACCACCGCUCUGAGAGGAAUGUACAAGGACCGUUUCCUCGACAGGCCUGUCCAGAAGGACAUUCUCCAGGAGUCUUUCAUCAACACCAUGAGUGCCUGGGUCAACAUGUUGCUCAUGUCAUCGACAGGACCUAUCAAGACCCCUGUCGGUGCUUGCGCUACCGCCGUCGAGUCCAUCGACAUUGGAUACGAUACCAUUGUCGAGGGCAAAGCUCGCGUCUGCUUUGUUGGUGGUUUCGAUGACUUCCAGGAGGAGGGCUCUUACGAGUUCGCCAACAUGAAGGCUACCAGUAACGCUGAGGAUGAGUUCGCCCACGGCCGUACACCCAAGGAGAUGUCACGUCCUACUACCACAACCCGUAACGGUUUCAUGGAAUCGCAGGGCUGCGGUAUGCAAGUCAUCAUGGACGCCAAGUUGGCCCUCGACAUGGGCCUCCCCAUCUACGGUGUUCUUGGCUUCACAGCUACUGCUACUGACAAGAUUGGUCGCUCAGUCCCUGCUCCCGGCAAGGGUGUGUUGACCACUGCCCGUGAGCAGGCCUCUAAGUUCCCCUCGCCUCUGCUCGACAUCAAGUACAGGAAGCGCCAGAUGGACCUUCGUCGCAAGCAGAUCAAGCAGUGGCAGGAGUCUGAAUUGCUGUACCUCCAGGAGGAAGUCGCUGCCAUCAAGGACUCUGCUGGCGAGGACUUCAGCGAGGCCGAGUACCUCCAGGAGCGCGCCAACCACAUUGAGAUUGAGGCUCAGCGACAAGAGAAAGAUGCACUCAACAGCCUUGGCAACACCUUCUGGAAGAAGGACCCCCGCAUUGCGCCUCUCCGUGGUGCUCUUGCCACCUGGGGCCUCACCAUUGAUGAUCUCGACGUUGCUUCUUUCCACGGCACAUCGACUGUUGCCAACGACAAAAAUGAGUCCAGCGUUAUCUGCGAACAGAUGCGUCACCUUGGCCGCAAGAAGGGUAACGCGCUUCUUGGUAUCUUCCAGAAGUACCUCACCGGUCACCCCAAGGGUGCAGCUGGUGCCUGGAUGUUCAACGGCUGCUUGCAGGUGCUCAACUCGGGUCUCGUCCCUGGUAACCGCAAUGCAGACAACGUCGACAAGAUCAUGGAGCAGUUUGACUACAUCGUCUAUCCAUCGCAGUCGAUCCAGACAGACGGCAUCAAGGCAUUCUCCGUCACAUCGUUUGGUUUCGGCCAGAAGGGUGCCCAGGCUAUCGGUAUCCAUCCCAAGUACCUCUACGCCGCUCUCGAGCACCACCAGUUUGCUGCCUACAAGCAGAAGGUUGAGGCUCGCCAGAAGAAGGCCUACCGCUACUUCCACGAUGGUCUCAUCAACAACACCAUGUUCCGCGCCAAGGACAAGGCCCCUUACGAGGACGACAAGAUGCAGGAGGUCUUCCUCAACCCCCGCGCACGUGUCACCCUUGACAAAAAGACUGCCACCUAUAGCUACCCCAAGAAGACUGCCGAGACUAAGAAGGACAAGAAGACCGAGGAGACGCAGAAAAUGGUAGAGUCCCUGACUAAGGCUACAGCUUCGGCCAACACCAAGGUCGGUGUCGACGUUGAGAGCAUCAGCGCCAUCAACAUUGAGAACGACACCUUCAUCGAGCGCAACUUCACCGCGAAGGAGAUCGCAUACUGCCAGAAGGCUGCCAACCCUCGGGCCAGCUUCACUGGCAAGUGGUCGGCGAAGGAGGCCGUCUUCAAGUCCCUGGGUGUUCAGGGCAAGGGCGCAGGUGCUCCCUUGAAGGACAUCGAGAUCGUCAACGACGAAACCGGUGCACCGGUUGUUGAGCUUUCUGGACUUGCCCAAGAAGAGGCCAAGCGCGUUGGCGUCAAGAGCAUCAGUAUCAGCAUAAGUCAUUCCGAUGAACAGGCUGUUUCUGUCGCUAUUGCACAGUUCUAGGGAGAUUGCAUGUGUACUCGUUACGUUUGAUGUUCUACAUAUAGAAGGCGAACAACUCAUAAUCCUGCGGAGAGAUGUAUUUGUUAUUUGAAGCGCGGGGGUUUAGAAGCUUCAUUCGUUGCUUAGAACCCGCCACACCACCUCGUUGCACAUUGUGAUGAAAUGAAAUUCAAAACAAUUCAAAAUCGACUGCCGUGCUCGGGCUGUACUAAUAACGC